AUGUGCAGGUCGUUGGAUCCGGCAAGCAAUAUUGGGCUGGCUGAGAUUGACCUGACGCUGAGUCUUUCAAGAAAAUUCUUGAACGGGCUCAAGUGGCUUGUAAAUGCAGAUUUGAAUAUCUACAGGGUCUUGCCAUAUCUCGCUCGUUAUUUCAUUUACACGGAUUUACCACGCGAGGCACCUGACGUCAUCGCGGAUUCACGCCCACCGCCCAACUGGCCUGCUGCUGGUACUAUCGAGUUCCGUGAUUACGGCAUGCGCUAUCGCGACGACACCAAUCUGGUCUUGCAAGGUCUCGCGCUCAGGGUACAUCCGCAGGAGAAGAUCGGUAUCGUUGGCCGCACUGGUGCUGGCAAGUCGUCACUGACCCACGCGCUUUUGCGUCUAGUCGAGCCCGCCCAGGGUUCCAUCUACAUCGACGGCAUCAACAUCUCGAAAAUCGGUCUUAAGGACCUGCGCUCGGCAAUCAGCAUCAUCCCGCAGGACCCCUCGCUGUUUGUCGGCACUAUCCGCGAGAACCUAGAUCCGAUGAACGAGUUCACUGAUGACGAGGUGUGGAGCGCAAUCCGCAAGGGGCAGAUCGAGGAAAUGAUCAGCACACCCACCAGCUCCUACGACGAGGAGAAGGACGAGGACAGCGGCCCGUGGGUUGCAGGCGUUGGGCUGGACAAAUGGGUCGAGAGCGGCGGUAAGAACUUUAGCGUCGGCCAGCGCCAGCUCAUCAGCCUGUGCCGUGCACUGUUGUGGCAGCGUAAGAUCUUGAUCCUGGACGAGGCCACAGCCAAUGUUGAUUUGGCAACUGACCGCGCAGUGCAGCGCAUCAUCCGCCAGGAGUUUGCCGAGUGUACGAUCUUGACCAUUGCGCACAGACUUAACACUGUCAUGGACAGCGACCGGAUCCUGGUCAUGGAUCAAGGCAAGGUAGCAGAGUUCGAUUCACCGGCCAACCUGCUGGCUCAGGACUCACUGUUCAAGAGUCUCGUUGAGAGCAUGGAGCUCAACGAAUCCUGGACCUAGGCAAUGCAUGGAUAUGCAACCCACGUGAUUUGUCACCAAGAUGUGCCAAGACUCAGUCU